UAACCGUCAUCAGUUGCUUUCGACCGGUUGAGAAGAAAGGUUGCAUUUUUUGUUGUUGUUGAAAAACGAAUUUUUUCGUCUCCCCUCCUCCAACGAGAGAAAAAAAAGGAACCGUUGGGGAAACAUCUUGUUGGCAACAAAAGAAAAAAAACGACAAGAGUGACGUGAUUGUUUUGCAUAUGGUUUUAUUGUUUUUGUUGUGUUGUGUUACAUUUUAACGUUGGAGUGUGUCGAUCACCGAAUUUUGAAUCCAUGGCGUCGGGUGGCCAUCCUCAUCCAACACUGACGAUGCAUCCAUCCUACAGUGGAGAAGAGGCCAGCAGCAGUAGCCCAUUAGCCGUUUGGACGGCCCAGGUGCCCGCCUUGAGUGCCAAUGGCAUCAAUGGAUCCGAUUUGUGCUGGCAAAUGGUCGAAAAUGGCCAACAGGCCGUUCAGCUGCAACGGAGACGAAACGGCCAGAAAUUGUUCCACUUGGGUCGAACACUCUUGUUGAAACAUCUACCACGCGAUGUCAACGAACACGAAAUCAGAGACAUGCUGAGUGCCCGAGGACUGAAAUCGUCCAGCGUGACGUUAUCGCCGUGCGGAUCGGGUCCCAAUUGGGCGAGAGCAGUGCCGCUGAAUGCGGAAAGUCAGCCGGAUUUUUGGGAAGAAUGGAAGCAAUUGUGUGUUCGUGACAAGCUGGACGCUUGCACCAUCCGUGGCCACAAGAUCUCGCUGAGCCCGUCACCAACUGAGAACCUGCUGUGCGUUGCCCGACUGCCACGUGACCUGCUCGACGACGAAUUCAAAGAGCUCGUCUCAUCUUACGGUCCAGUUCGCCGUUGUUUCCUUCUCUACAGCGACAAAACUGGCGAGAGCAAAGGCUACGGAUUUGUCGAAUAUCAGAGCCGAGAUUGCGGCCAACGUGUGCGUUCGCAGUUGGAUGGCAGAAUGUAUGAAGGCCAGGCAUUAGCUUGUGAUUGGCUCGACACUUCAAUCGUCACUGUGGCCGGUCUGCACUCCAAGUUGCUUUACGUCGACUGCCUCCCGGGCGGAUUCCGAGACAUGAGCCAAUUUAGGACGCUCUUUUCUCAAGUGGCCAAUCCACCAUACUGCCAGAUUGCGCUGAAAGGUGGUGCUCCUCAAGAUUGGGGUCUGGUUGAAUUCUCACAAGCCCAGGAGGCAGAGGACACACUCCGCGUUUUGGAUGGAAAACUCUUUCAUAACUCACCCAUCAGGGUGGCUUUCUUUAUACCGGGCGUCAGAGCCAUCAACAUAUAUAUGAAACUUCUUAACGACACGUGUCAGAAUAAGGGAAAAGCUGCUCUACUACCCGAACCACCUAGCGAUACAGUCUUCCAUCAAUUACAAAACCUGACCAAACAGAAUCCAGCUUUUGUUCACAGUCUGCAGAAUAUCAUUUUAACGCAAAUUCAGCAUCUAAACAAUCCGGCAAACAGCACAGGAAACUCCGGCAAUUGCCCGGGGGCAAGCUCAGCGGGAACGCAUAAUGGCGCCCAGAGGGCUCAGUCUGGUCACCAACAGUCUGGCCAUCAGCAGCAGCAAGCCAGUAAUGCUUCACUAGCAGCAAGUGCCCAAGCGGCGCUCUCCAUGUUACUAGCGGCCCAGCAAACUACGCAGCCGAGUCCGGCUGGAAGUACUAGUAGCAAUGGUAGUCGUAGCAACCUUAGUCACGUUAGUCCUCCUCCACCUCCUCCUCCUCAACUGCAACAGGGACCACCUUCGUGUUCCCAACCGCCACCAGCUGCUGGCGGUGGUAGUAGCAGCCGAAUGAUUCAGUCGCAGUAUGGCAACGGUUAUCGACCAGCAACUGGCCAAGCCCAGCAACAUCAACAGCAGCAGCAGCAGCAGCAGCAUUCCCUUGUGGAUUGA